UGCCCAAAGACGGGUAACGCACGUAAGGAAAAGAAGCCGACGAUGUUGAUGCCCUCGCUCUUCCUUUGGGAUGUCCAUUGCAGCUGUAUUAGCUCAGAGCUAUGGCUUGACUCUUGAGUGCUUCAAAGGAAUUAAAGUUGUCUUCUUCUCUCUUGGACUCCAUUCUCGACACAAGUGACAUAAAUAAUUUGGCGUUUCUCCUCUCUUCAAGCUCACUGGUUUUGCUCAUCUGUUCAUCUUCAAGUGUAUAGUCGGCCCAGGGUAAACAUCCGUCCUGGCUACGCCCCUAAAAGCACCAGACGUCCGCGCCUCCUCCCGCCACAAGCUGAAGCACACAAAAGAUUCCGACUUGGGCACUUGGGGAGUUGGCUACUUUCGACUUCAGCCUGGUUGGUGAUGGCAAAAAAUAAGACAGGGCCCCUGGCUUUGAAGAAUUGAGUGUUCACCUGCCAUAGCAGUCAUCUUGCGCCAAAGUCGUCCAGAACCUAUUUCAAGUCUUCAUCUUCCGAGCAAUGUCACGUAUUUGCGUGAAGAAUUUACCGAAGUAUGUUGCAGAGGACCGCCUCCGAGAAUUCUUCUCCGAGAAAGGAGAAGUUACUGAUGCCAAGCUCAUGCGCACCCCAGAUGGGAAGAGUAGACAGUUCGCAUUCGUUGGAUUUAGGAUGGAGCAAGAAGCUGACGAAGCAAUCAAGUACUUCAAUAGGUCUUUCCUUGAUACUUGUCAAAUUACUUGCGAGAUUGCCAGGAAACUUGGUGAUCCAAAUGCCCCACGUCCAUGGAGUCGGCACUCAAUAAAAAAGGAAGAGAAACUAAGUGCGGCUGACAUGGAGAUAACUUCGUCAAGAAAUAAAAAGUUUAAGGGGUUAAAAGAGGACAAUAAGCAUAGAAUAGAGGAAAGUGAAAAUGAUGACCCUCAACUUCAAGAGUUCCUCCAGGUCAUGCGGCCUCGAAGUAAAUCUAAGAUGUGGGCAAAUGACUCAACUAUAGCCCUCUCUCUCUCGGACAAUAAAAAGUCAAGUGAAAAGAAAUGUCAAAUGCAGGAGGAAACUAAAGCCAACACGAGUAUUGUCAAAAUUGAUCCAGAUGUGGAUUAUUUCAAAAGAAGAGUGAAGGACUGGUCAGAUUCAGAAGGUGGUGAAGAAGAUGAAGAAGAUGAUGGUGAUGAUGAUAGUAAAAGCAAUGAAGACUGCAAUAAGGAUGUUGAAACUUCAUUUAGAAAGAGCGGUGAUGAUAUAGAUGCCCUUGCGUGUGGUGAUAACAAAAAGGAGAGAAGUGAAAGUAGCGAUGAAAUGUUUGAAUUAGGCGAUCAUAUAUCUAAAAAAGAUGAAGAAGUUUUUGACGGGCGGCGCCUGUAUAUCCGCAACUUGCUUUAUGCUACAACGGAAGAAGAACUAGAAGAGCAUUUCAGCAAAUAUGGCAAGGUUUCACAAGUUCAUAUUGUUGUAGAUAAAGAAGCAAGAAGGUCAAAAGGGGUUGCAUAUGUUCUAUACACUCUUCCAGAAUCUGCAGCUAGGGCAUUAGAAGAGUUGGAUGGUUUGACAUUUCAAGGAAGAUUGUUGGAUGUUAUGCCGGCAAAGCAAAAACUUUCUGCUUAUAGCAAAAAGGUAAAUGGAUCUGGGAAACUAUCACUUCAAACAUUGAAACAUCAGAGACUGGAAAACAGGAAGACAGCUGAAGCAAGUGGAAAUACACAAUCAUGGAAUGCUUUGUUCAUGCGCCCAGAUACAGUUAUGGAAAGCAUUGCAAGGAGACUAGGUGUUAGUAAAUCUGAUCUUCUGGAUAAAGAAGCCUCUGAUCUUGCUGUACGUAUAGCCUUGGGAGAAACUAAAGUCAUCGCUGAUACAAAACAAUGUUUAGUGAAAGCUGGAAUAAAUGUUUCUUCUCUAGAGGAAUUUGCUGCUGGAAAAUCUGACAGAAACAAAAGAAGCAACCAUGUUAUACUAGUAAAGAACUUGCCCUACAGAUCAUCGGAAAGUGAACUUGCAAAUAUGUUUGGGAAAUUUGGAGGCAUAGAUAAAAUUAUUCUUCCUGCAACUAAAACUUUAGCUUUGGUGGUGUUCCUUGAACCAGCUGAAGCACGUGCAGCAUUCAAUGGUUUAGUCUACAAACGUUACAAAGAUGUACCAUUGUAUUUGGAAUGGGCUCCCGACAACAUUCUUGAUCCAACGAGUGAUUCAAGUAAUUCUAUGAUUGCUGGUGAGCAAGAUGUCAAGAAAGUUUUACUAGAGCAGCAAGUGCAGGGUACAAUAGAUACUGAUGUUGAUCCUGACAGAAUUGAGUCAAGAUCACUUUAUGUGAAGAACUUGAACUUCACAACAUCCGAUGAGAGCUUGAAAAAACAUUUCGUUGGAAACAUGAAUAAUGGUGAAAUACGGAGUGUCAGGGUUAAAAAGCGUACAAAAAAUGGAAAGGUUGUUUCAAUGGGUUUUGGAUUUAUUGAGUUUGAUUCUGUGGAUACUGCAAUACAUGUGUGCAAGGAUUUGCAGGGAACUGUUUUAGAUGGCCAUGCGCUAAUUUUGCAACUUUGUCAUGCUAAGAAGGAUGAACAAGUACCAAGCAAAGUUGGCAAGGACAAGAGUUCAACAAAAUUGCUUGUGAGAAAUGUUGCAUUUGAGGCAACAGAGAAAGAACUUAGGAAAUUAUUCGAUCCAUUUGGCCAGAUCAAGAGCUUAAGGCUGCCAAUGAGGUCUGGGAGCCAUAGAGGCUUUGCAUUUGUAGAAUUUGUAACGAAGCAAGAAGCUCAAAACGCCUUUGAAGCCCUUUCUAGUACUCACUUUUAUGGUCGUCAUUUGGUUUUGGAAAGAGCAAAAGUAGGAGAGACCUUGGAGGAACUACGAGCUCGCACAGCUGCCCAUUUCGCUGGUGAGCACAAUGACUUCCAGCCUUCAGAGAAAUUAUCAAAGAAAAGGAAACUUAUGGCUUUAGACAGUAGUUAAGUUGUGAGAGAAUAAAGGAUUAGAUGGCGGUCUUUUAAUAGGUUACGUUAUUUAUUAUCUUAAUCCUCGUGCCGUCGUGCGUACCGUUUGUAAGUGAUAAAACCUGGAAUUAUUCUUAACAAAUUUUGGUUUAAAAUUACAAUACUUUUUUCUUCAAAUUGUCUCGGUUUGAAAAGUUGGUGGUAUUUGAUAGUAAUAUGAAGUAGUAAUAGUUUCAUAAA